CACACUGACCACUGAACACCAUCGCGGACGCUGUCAAUCACUUGCCUCGCAUCACUCUCAAGAAAUUCCCAUGUGGUUGACUCGCCUUUGUUCACUUGUUGGACAGUCUCUUUUUUGAGUCUCCAGCGUCGCCUGUCCGCGUUGCAGGUAGCACAGAACACGUCCGCGUCCAGCUCGGCUUUCUUUGUUUCCGGCGACUGUUUACCGCUUUCCUCACACCUGACCCUGUCGUCCCUAUCUUUCUUGAUCCAACUCAACGCACGACGACCCACGUGAACGUCGACCCCUCCUGCCGAAACGAGAGACGGAGUGCAUCAGGGGAGGGCAGGUACGAUGCAAGGAUAGAGACAUUCCGACAUUGGCUGUCAGAAUAAUUUGUAACGAGGGGGACAAUACAAGUCUCCGGAAGUGGGCACCCUUCUGGGGCAUCUCAACUUCACACACAUGCGUCCUGUUCAGCCUGCGCAGCAGAGACGAUGCCCCCGAUAAUACAAUCGGACAAAGCCUCCAGACAAUCGUCCGCGAGCAAAGGUUUCUUCAGUCGACGGCAUCGAGACAAGUCAGACAGCCGUUACGAUGGAGGGGGUCUUGGUACCCUGGAGUCGAACGCAAAUGGUUCCUGGACUUCAAGGCAUUCGAGAAAAGAGUCGGUCGUCUCCAACGACGGCCAGGACGCCGACACCACUGGCCUCAACAUGACCGCUGGUGUCAUUACCUCGAUACCUUACUCCGCAACCGAUCGAUCGCAAACUCCCAUCUCCGUUGAAUACCUGCCUCGAGAAGACCAAAUUUCCGCGAGGAGAGAGCCGCAGCCGCACCAACUCGCUCGCGGAACCGAUUUCCAUCAAUAUCCUGCUUUUAAUGCACCGGCGAAUGGCGCCUCGCAUCCUACCGGGCCGCGCCCGCCACCCCAUACAAAUGUCAAUGGAGUUACGAUGGCCUCCAGCCAGGCUGGGGAUCGCGGGACAAAAUAUCAGCAAUGGGGUCGGCCGGGGAGUAGUAAUGGUCCCGAACAUGGCGCUUACGAUUCAGUUUCCACAAGUGACUCUUAUGGAGGGAGCCGGCGGAAAUCGUUUGACGGUGCCAGUAUAAAAUCAACCGCCUCCUCGGCUACAGGAGGGUCGAGCCUCUUUUCAUCCGACAGAUCAUCAAGAACAGCGGUGCCUUCACGGCAGGACUUUGACACCUCGUCAGUAGUGUCUCCGACUCACUCUCGGCUAUCAAAGCUUAGUUCGCAUGCCGGCUGGCCGGCGCAACAAACGUCACCUUUCAGUUCAACAACCUCUUUCACCCCUGCUGGAUUCUAUCUUCCCAAACCGCAAAGCGACGAAGAAAUUGAGAAGUUGUUCUUACAGCUCAUGCACAAGCGUGGUUGGCAAAAUUUGCCGGAACAAGCUAAGCGCCAGAUGAUGGCAUACGCUCCUACGAAGAAAUGGACUCUUGUGCAUCAAGACAAAUUGACCGAGUGGCAAGGGGAGCAGAAGCGGAGGCAACAGGCUCGACAGACGGGGACGAUUGAUGGUCCGACCUCGAGAGACGUAGAUGGUACGCCCGAGUGGUAUGUCAAGAAGAUUUUGGAUAACAGUAUCACUGCGAAACAACUACAAAGUUUGAGCGUCAGCUUGAGAACCCAACCAAUCAGUUGGGUAAAAGCAUUCAUCGAAGCACAGGGUCAGAUUGCCUUGACAAGUGUAUUACUGAAGAUCAACCGACGUCAGGCCAGCGGGCCGACACCAAUCAGCACAGCGACCUCCGCGGAAAAGGAUCUGGAUAGGGAGUACGAUAUUGUGAAAUGUCUGAAAGCGCUGAUGAACAACAAAUACGGUGCCGACGAUGCUUUGACGCAUGAGCAGAUCCCAGUAGCAUUGGCAACAUGUUUGAUAUCACCUCGGCUCACGACAAGGAAACUGGUCAGCGAAGUGCUGACGUUUCUUUGCCAUUGGGAUCAGGGUCAGGGUCAUCUGAAGGUACUGCACGCAAUGGACAUGGUAAAGAAUCAGAUCAAUGAAAACGGCCGAUUCGACGCCUGGAUGCGCAUAGUUGAAGUCACCAUCGAUGGGCGAGGCAAAAUGGGUAGUCUGGUGGGAGCCAGCGAAGAAGUCCGCAGCGGCGGUAUUGGUAUGGAGAACCUUUUGAUGGAGUAUGCUGUCGCAACAUUGGUUCUCAUCAACAUGUUGGUGGACGCCCCCGAACGAGAUUUGCAGCUACGAUGCCACAUCAGAGCUCAGUUCAUCGGUUGCGGCAUCAAGCGCAUCCUGGUCAAGAUGGAGUCCUUCCAAUACGAUGUCAUCGACAAACAAGUCGCCAAGUUUCGCGAAAAUGAGGCCAUCGACUAUGAAGAUCUGCUACAACGAGAAGGCAGCAGCAUGGUGGAUAGUAUCGAGGGCGAAGUCAGGGACAUGACAGAUCCCAUGCAGAUUACCGAUGCCAUCAUGUCCCGAGUCCAGGGUACAAGGACUCAAGAUUAUUUCAUUUCGGCCAUGCAACACAUGCUGCUCCUCCGAGAGAACAAUGCUGAUGAACGCUUGAGGAUGUUUCAGCUAGUGGAUUCCAUGCUCAGCUAUGUGGCCAUGGACCGUCGCCUACCCGACAUGGACUUGAAGCAGAGCUUGAACUUUACAGUGCAGAGCCUGCUAGACAGAUUGCAUACCGAUGAUGAAGCUCGCAUUGCUUUCGACGAAGCCACCGAAUCAAGGCAAAUCGCUGAAGCUGCACUUGCUGAACGAGAUGAGAUGGCGGCUCAAGUCUCCCUUGGUGCUGACGGCCUGGUCUCGAAAUUGCAGAAGCAGAUUGAGGAGCAGGCCGCCAUAAUUGAAAUGCAGUCCAGGCAAGCGGAGGCGUUGAAGUCUGAAGUCGCGGAGCUUCAACGAAUCAGAGCACAGGAGUUGCAGAGGAACGAGCUCGAAACGAGAGAGUUGUAUCUUAUGCUCAAAGACGCCCAAGAGGUUGCGGCCUCACGCGCAGCCAAAGAGGGAGUGGUUGACAAAGACCCUGCGCAAAUGCAAGGUAUUUUGGACAGGGAAAAGUUGAUGGAGCGUCUAGAGCGGAACCUUGAGCGCACCAAGACCCAAUUCAAGCUCGAAGGGAAAGUCUGGGGCCAGCAAGGUCCGUCAGAUAGACUCCGAGAGCUUCGUGAGAAGAUGGAUGAUCUCGUCGACGCAGAUUUCCAGGAGAAGACUAGGAGACAUCUCACCAAUAGUGUUAUGGGAAGUGUCCAUCGCAGCAAUGCUCUGAAGGGGUCCAGAAGAGCUGCAUUGGAGGCUUUGGCUGUUAGCGAGGAAGCCGGAACGGAGCAUGACUCUGCAGACGAGGAAGCAAUAAUUUACGAGAAGCCACGUCUGGUUGAGUACUCCAGGCCCAAGAUCAACGCAGAACAGCAGUCAAGUCUCAUGGGCGAACUUACUUCAAAGGUCAAGAGAAUGGACGACGACAGCGACGAUACAGCAGCAGAGAACGACGGUAUCACAACUGGACCUACUCAUCCUAGUCUCGAGUCCGAAUCGCCCAGGACGCCGAUUGACGAAGCACAGGCCGAAGCCAAGUUCACUGGCCCUCCUCCUCCACCUCCACCACCACCACCGUCAGGUUCAUCGCAGCCUCCAACGCCUGCUCUCAUACCUGGAUUUGAGGCUGGCGCACCUCCGCCGCCGCCGCCCCCUCCUCCAGGAAUGCCUCUUUCUCCUGCAACUCCCUCCUUGCCUGGCUUCUCUGGGGCCCCACCCCCACCACCUCCACCACCUCCUGGCUCACUACCUAUGAGUCCCAUAUCCCCUGCUGCUCCUCCGCCUCUUCCAGGAGCUGAGCAUGGCCACUACCUGCCUCUGUCACCCAUCGCGCCUGUCCCUAUGCUGAAGAACCCUAUCAUGCGUCCCAAGAAGAAGCUCAAGGCUUUCCAUUGGGAUAAAGUGGAUACGCCACAAGUCACUGUGUGGGCCAGUAACGCAAACACGGAAGCCAGAGAAGAGAAGUAUCGUGAGUUGCAGCGCAAGGGUGUCCUAGAUGAAGUUGAAAAGCUCUUUAUUGCCAAGGAGAUCAAGAUCAUCGGCACUGGUGCUGGCAAGGGCAAGAACGAUAAGAAGCAGAUCAUCAGCAGUGACAUGAUGAGAAACUUCCAUGUUUCCAUGGCCAAGUUCAAGAAUGAUUCUGCCGAUGAGGUUGUGCGAAAGAUCAUCCACUGUGACAGAGAAGUGCUCGAUAACAACGUGGUGAUGGACUUCCUUCAGAGGGAAGAUCUCUGUACGAUACCGGAGAACAUUGCGAAAUUGAUGGCGCCUUACAGCAAGGACUGGACAGGGCCCGAUGCCUUGACAUCCAAGCGUGAGCAGGACCCGUCCGAGCUGACAAAAGAGGAUCAGAUCUACCUACAGACUGCUUACGAGCUGCACCAUUACUGGAAGGCAAGAAUGCGAGCCCUGGCCCUGACAAGAUCCUAUGAAAAUGAGUACGAUGAGAUCUCCGGCAAAUUGAAGGAGAUUGUCAAUGUCUCCGAGGCAAUCCGCGACUCGACCUCCUUAAUGAGCGUACUUGCUCUCAUCCUUGACAUCGGAAACUACAUGAACGACUCGAACAAGCAAGCCACUGGUUUCAAACUCAGUUCGCUUGCUCGUCUAGGGAUGGUCAAAGAUGACAAGAACGAGACAACUUUCGCAGACCUCAUUGAGCGAAUUGUUCGCAACCAGUACUCUCAAUGGGAAGUCUUCGUCGAAGAUAUAGCGGCUGUUGUACCUGCCUCCAAGCUCCACGUCGACCAACUGCGCCAAGAUGCGAAGAAGUACAUUGACAACAUCAAGAACGUUCAAGCUUCCUUAGAUGCCGGUAACUUGAGUGACCCUAAGAAGUUUCAUCCUCAAGAUCGUGUUGCUCAGGUAGUGCAAAGGUCAAUGAAGGAAGCAAGACGAAAGGCGGAACAGAUGCAGCUCUACCUGGAGGAGACCUCGAGGACCUACGACGACAUCAUGACCUACUUUGGCGAGGACAAUCAAGAUGAGAAUGCUAGAAGAGAGUUCUUCAGCAAGCUUGGCGGCUUCGUGAGUGAAUGGAAGAAGUCCAGAGAGAAGAACACGACUAUGGAAGAGACGAAGCGCCGUCUCGAAGUUAGUAUGGCCAGAAAGAGAGCACAAGCUGGGGCAAGCUCUAGUGGUGGAGCCAGUGGUGCAGAAACUCCUGGCAGUCCUCCAGCCAAUGGUGCCAUGGAGGAUCUCCUGGCCAAACUUCGAGCUGCAGCACCACAAGUCAAGGAUCAGCGCGAUCGAAGAAGACGUGCUAGGCUGAAGGAAAAGCAUGAUCAGCGGGUAGCUAGUGGCCAACAGUUACCGGAGCUGCCCACGAAAGAGGGUCUAGAGGAGAGCCGCGGCCUGGUCAGCGUGGGAGAAAAAGCCAACGAAGAUGGUCUCAGUGCUGAAGAUGGCACCAGCGGCAAGGGUGAUGUGAGCGAGAGUGAAGACGUCGCCGACCGAGCAUUAAGAGCUCUCCAGGAGAUGAGAAGCUCAGCACCGUCGACCGGGGACGAGAUUGACGUAAGGAGACGACGAGAUGGCGCCGACGAAGAACGGAAAGCUCGUAGACUGCGACGACGGACAGCGCACCAGAGCGUCGCCGCAAGAGAUUCUGUACAAUCGCCCACGAAGCUGGCAGAUGAGGAUGGCGAAGACAAGCAGACCAGGGUGGACGGAGAUGAAGAGACGACAACGGAUGAUAAGCGAUCAUCAGGAGGAACAUUGAGUCCAAGCUGGUCGCAGCCUCCGCCGGCUAUCGUUGUCAGUCCCACACCGGACGACGAACCCGGGGACGAUCCCAAAGAGGGCAAGGAGGAAGAUGGUGCGACGUGAAGCUGGGGGUCCAUGAGUGGAAGAGUACCAUGCUUGCUUGUAUGGAUUAGGUCUUAUCUUGGAUUCAGAGAUUGGUGUCUUAGCACUUGGCCGCACUAUGCGAUGUUUAUUAUACUUGGCGAGAGAAGAUACCCCGAUAUUACUUGUCGCAAGCGUUGUGAGACUACCAAACGGUUGGGGAAAGCAGAUCCAUGAGCAUGGAGUGGAACUGGAUGGCAUCGAGGUUUGAGCACUAUUGAAUGUUGUGGGCAUAGCGCGCAGAAUGGAAUGAAGUCGGAUUCUCGAGGCGAGCAUCUCUUGAUUAACCACCAACCUACCGUGUCUAUGUACUUUUCACUACUCUCGCACGAGUCACUCAUACGGACCAC